UUUCGUUCAGCGUGUGCCAGAUUUUGUUGAAGUUGUUUUCUUAGUUUAUUUUGUCCGAUACAUAAUAAUAAUAUACACAAUUUAAAUCAUUCGGAGGCAAAUUUCGUGCUGUUUCUUUGUGUAGAAAGUCUUUACAUUUAUAAUUUUUAUUUUGUGUAUAAGAAGCGUCAAAAGGCAUCGCAAUGGAUCAGAUGCUAUCUAGUCCUUAUAACAUACCGGGGAUUGGUACCCCUUUGCACCAACCCGAGGAGGACCAGCAGAUUCUGCCGAACGCGCUGCAGCAGCAGCAGCAGCAACAGCAGCAGCAACCACAGCCGCAGAUGCAGUCCCUGACGAUGAGCUCUCCGCUCGUAGGCUUCGGAGGGCUAAUUGGCACUCCACAGCGCUCCAUGCACACAUACGCUCCCACCGCCAGCUAUGCCACUCCACAGCAGAUGAUGCAGCCACAGACCCCGCAAAACAUGAUGUCGCCGAUGAUCACAAGUGGAAACCUAGCCAGCCAACAGAUGAUGUCCCAAGCCAGUCCUGCUCCCAUGACUCCUAUGACACCACACUCUGCAGACCCUGGGAUUCUGCCACAACUGCAGAACAUAGUAUCAACAGUAAAUCUAAAUUGCAAGCUAGACUUAAAAAAGAUCGCCCUCCACGCACGCAACGCCGAAUACAACCCGAAGCGAUUCGCAGCCGUGAUCAUGCGUAUUCGCGAGCCACGCACCACGGCACUCAUCUUCUCCUCGGGAAAGAUGGUCUGCACGGGCGCCAAGAGUGAGGAGGACUCUCGGCUGGCCGCGAGGAAAUAUGCUAGAAUUAUACAGAAGUUGGGGUUUACUGCGAAGUUCCUCGACUUCAAAAUCCAGAACAUGGUCGGAAGUUGCGACGUCAAGUUCCCCAUCCGCCUCGAAGGCUUGGUGCUCACCCACGGCCAGUUCAGCUCCUACGAGCCCGAACUCUUCCCCGGACUCAUCUACCGAAUGGUCAAACCUAGAAUAGUCUUAUUAAUAUUUGUCUCCGGCAAAGUAGUAUUAACAGGUGCCAAAGUACGACAAGAGAUUUAUGAAGCCUUUGAUAAUAUUUAUCCAAUUUUGAAAAGUUUCAAAAAACAAUAGUUUUCAUAAAUUUGCUCCUAAUUUGUUGCUAAGUUAUAUUCUACGAAGUUCAUUUUGAGUUGUGAAAAAGAGCUUGAGGAGCUAUUUUUUACGGAGAUUCAGUCUAGCAUUCGUUUUUACAAUAAAAUUAAGUUCUAGAUUUAAGGAUUAUUGAUAAAUAAAUAAGCAGAAUGAA